CAGAACAACGUUAAGCCCUUGAGCAAAGGGGUUGUCUAAGGCAGAGGACAACACCAUGAUUUCGAUGGCUCUAAAUCGAUUUGCCGUCUUAUUGACGUUACUUAUGAUCCUGGCCGGUUUUGCAAAUGCUGGUCACGGUAAUCGUCGAAUGCAUAAAGCUCCAAUCGACUGUUCGAGAGGCCAUGUCCAGUUAUCGACGCCACUGGAAUGUCUGCGACCGUGUCGGGAGAACGAACCACCUAAGAUUUGCUACUACCACUUCACCCUGGAGAUCUAUAGUGCCCAAGGAUUGGCUUGCAGCCUGUGUACUCCCAACAUGACGAAUGACCUGGAUGACACUUGUCAAUGCGUCACUGCUGACGGCGUGGAAAGAACCAUUCUAGCCGUGAACAGAAUGUUACCUGGACCCUCGAUUCAGGUUUGUCAGGGUGACAAGAUCGUCGUUGACGUUGAGAAUUUAAUGCAAGGCAUGGAAACCACCAUUCAUUGGCAUGGAAUAUAUCAGACAGGAACACCUUACCAAGAUGGAGUACCUUUCGUGACUCAAUGCCCUAUUGCGACCGGACUGACGCACAGAUAUCAGUUUAUGGCCACAAAUCAAGGCACACACUUUUGGCAUUCUCAUGAUGCUCUACAAAAAAUGGAUGGCAUAUACGGUUCCUUGAUCGUUCGUGAACCACCCGAAUCGGAUCCCAACAGCCAUCUCUACGACUACGAUACACCGUCGACAGUCAUGGUUAUUAGCGACUGGUUGCACCGAGAGGCUACUGAACAUUAUCCAGGACUUCUGAAUACCCCGGGUCAAGCCGCGGAGGCAGUACUGAUACAUGGAAGAGGACAGUGGAUGAAUCAGACUAGCAAUGUUACAACCACUUCACCACUGGCGGUGUAUACAGUGAAACAGGGUAAAAGAUACCGAUUUAGAAUGAUCAAUGCUUUCUGCACGGUUUGUCCUGCUGAAUUAAGUUUCCAGAAUCAUGACAUGACCGUCAUCGCAUCAGACGGAGAACAUUUGCAGCCCAUUAGUGCUUCCGUCUUAACAUCGUACGCAGGAGAACGAUACGAUUUUAUAAUAGACGCUAGUCAAUCGGUGGGCACCUAUUGGAUUCGAGUACGUGCUAUCGGGGAAUGCAGUGGUCCAGCUGUUCAGCAAUACGCUAUUCUUCGCUACGAAGGUGGGCCUGAUCUCCCCACUUCUGAACAACCACUGUACAGUCAAAGCUUCGCCCAGGGACUCAUCCUCAAUUCGGCGAGCUCAAACGUCUGUUCCACCUCGACGCAACCGAUUGACGGUAAUUUGUGCGCAAGCGGAUUUAGAAGUGCUCUUCCUGUGGACCAGGAGAUUCUUAAAUCGGUCCCAGACUUCAAAUUCUACCUGCCAUCAGGGUUCGUGACAUUCCCAAAUACGGAAAUAUUCACACCGAAUACUUACCUACAAUAUUUCGUUCCCCCAACACUUGCUGCCGUCGCAUCAGUUACUAACAACAUCUCGUUCGUUUCUCCACCCGCACCACUGAUUUCCCAGCGUAACGACAUUCCCUUGGAAUUAAUCUGCAAUGGAGAAAAUCUCCCCAAAAAUUGUAAUGGGUCUUAUUGCGCCUGCACACAUGUCCUGAGCGUACCCUUGAAUGCCGUUGUCGAAAUCGUCUUCUGUGACGCAGCUCCGCAAGUCAAUCUCUCCCAUCCAUUUCAUUUACACGGGAACGCCUUCCGCAUCAUUGGCAUGGGUGCAUCCGCCGACCCAAGCGUCACGGUACUGAAUGCGACAACCAUUCGUGAUCUCGACAGGAGGGGUCUUCUGGUUAGGAACUUUGAUCAGCCACCUGCCAAAGAUACCGCCAUAAUACCUUCUAACGGAUACUUGAUUACGAGAUUCCUUGCUAAUAAUCCUGGCUACUGGCUAUACCACUGCCAUUUCGUGUUCCACUCGACCACCGGCAUGGAGGUUGUCAUACAAGUCGGUGAUGUGAUGGAUAUUCCACCAGUCCCACAAAACUUCCCCACUUGCGGGGACUACUUGCCGAAAAUAUCGCCUAUCAGAAAAUAACAACUUUGAACGUAGAAUUUAUUGCUUGACUAUUGGAUCGUAGGUUCCAAUUAUAAUUUAGAAAAAUGGACGUCAACCUCCUGGGAGGAUCGUCAAUGCUAUUGGUCCGGGAUAGAAUUAUGUGGACUAAUGUUUGGCAGAUAUCGUAUCAUUCAGUAUGGUUAUCUUCGAACUACUACUGCACUUCUAUUUCUACCUUCUUCAAGAUGAAGUCAGAUAAACAAACUAAUGUACAAUUAAUAACUCGUUUUGAAUGUAGAAUUUAAUGGAUAAAUAGGGUAAUACAAAAAUUCUGAAGAAUCUUGAACCCUCAGUAAAAGAAGUACUUCGCAUCGAAAUAAUGGUGAGUCUUGAAAGAGAAAUAAAAAAAAUUUUCGGACUCUUAUUGGCCCACAAAAAGUUUCUAAAUGAUUUUCAAAUUUCUUUAAUCGAACGGUUUCGAGAUACGAUUUUUCUCCCAAAUUGCGUUUUUUUCGAAAAACACAUUUUUCGAGUGGAUGUAGCGUAAACA